UAUGCAUAUACCUGAAAAGUUGAAAAAAGUGAUAUCAGAAAGGAAACGACAUUUUGUUUUACACUAUCAUGAUAUCAUGUUGGAAGAAGCUGAUAUUGAAACACUUGAUGAACAACAAUGGUUGAAUGAUAAUGUGAUGACCUUUUAUAUGGAAUAUACAGAAAGACAAGUGAUACCAAGAAAUAUAAAAGAUAUAUUAUUGUUACGUCCAACCAUGACUCACCUUUUAACUUAUUCCCCAGGGAAACCGUCUGAUCUUAUUGGUGCCUUACCUCCUCAUUUUGAAGAAAAACGAGUCAUUUUUGCACCUAUUAACAAUGGUACACCAGAAGCAGCAAACAAUGGAACCCACUGGUCACUUUUAGUGUAUUUUCGGCCUACAAAUUCAUUCUAUUACUAUGAUAGUUUAAACUUUACCAAUAUCAAGGAUGCUAAACAAACUGCCAAACGUAUGACUCCUUUACUUGGAUCCAAACGGAAACCACGAUUUAUACCUUCAUCAACACCUCAACAAACCAAUGGAGCUGACUGCGGAUUGAUGGUGAUCAGUACCAUAGAAUACCUGUUACAUCAAAUCUUCAAUCACCCUGGGAACAACAAUGGAAAGACUCUUUUUAGUAUGGAUAAAUCAAGCUCUAUGCUCUCGCCCAAUGAUAUUCGCAUCAUGCUGAAAUCACUGGUUUACCAUUUGCGACAGAACGACAAAUGAUCAUUUCACUAAGAAAUUUUUAUCAUACCCUUCUUCAUGUGAUUAGAUAGAAUAUUUGGUUUACACUUUAUUCAAUAAAAAAUGACGGAAUUCAAAGAA